UGUAUAUUGAAUUAUAGAGUCAACGACCAAGGUUGGCAGAUCGAGCCAAUGCACCAUUGACCACCACUCCCUGCAGCGCCAUGGACGGUCCGUAUUCGUUGAAGGUAUGCUGCAUGGGCGCAGGCUACGUCGGCGGUCCGACGAUGGCUGUGAUUAGCAAGUUCUGCCCUUCGAUCCGCGUCACGGUCGUCGACGUAGCAGAGAAGCAGAUCGCUCGAUGGAACUCGGCGAACUUUGACUUGCCCAUCUACGAGCCAGGCCUGGAGGCACUUGUGCGGGCCACGAGAGGAAGGAACCUCUUCUUCUCCACAGAUAUUGACCGACAUAUCAAGGAAGCCGACGUCAUCUUCGUCUGUGUCAACACCCCAACCAAAGUUGCCGGAAUUGGAGCUGGCGCUGCCGCCGACACCAAAAACAUCGAGCUGUGUGCACGCAUGAUCGCCGAGUAUGCCAUGAGCGACAAAAUUGUGGUGGAAAAGUCGACGGUGCCGGUUCAUACGGCCGAAGUUCUCAUGGCAGUCUUCAACGCCAACAGCAAAAGCAGCGUCCACUUCGAGGUGCUAUCGAACCCAGAGUUUCUCAGCGAAGGCACUGCCGUAGAGGAUCUCAUCUCUCCGUCCCGUGUCCUCAUCGGUGGCGGGGGCACGCCCGCCGGGCAGGCUGCAGUGCGAACCCUAGUUCAAAUCUACGAGCAGUGGAUUCCAUCAGAUCGAAUUCUGACCACGAACGUCUGGUCGUCGGAGCUGUCGAAACUAGUCGCGAAUGCCUUUCUUGCCCAGCGAAUUUCGAGCAUCAACUCGAUCUCGGCCAUCUGCGAAGCCACGGGCGCAGACGUGACAGAAGUCGCCAAGGCGGUGGGGACCGAUCCCCGCAUCGGAAACAAGUUCCUCGAGGUGUCGGUGGGGUUUGGAGGGUCGUGUUUUCAAAAGGACCUGCUCAACCUGGUCUACUUGGCCGAGUCGUUCCACUUGCCGGAAGUUGCGGCUUACUGGCGCAGUGUUGUCACGAUGAACGAGUACCAGAAGCACAGGUUUGGCACGCUGAUUGUCCGCACGCUGUUCAACACGGUCACGCAAAAAAAGAUUGGGAUCUUUGGCUUUGCCUACAAGAAAGACACGGGGGACACAAGGGAGACGGCGGCGGCGGCCAUCAUGAAGGUUCUUGUGGCCGAGCGCGCCCAGGUAUUUGUGUACGAUCCAAAAGUCGAGCUCGACGACCUCGUGAACGAGCUGAAGUACCAAGGCCUGGCGGGCGACGAGAUUCAAAAUCAUGUGCAUGUUGUCCAUGAUGCAUAUGCCGCGGUGGACAAGGCCCAUGCGCUGGCUGUGCUGACCGAGUGGGAGGAAUUCAAGACGUACGACUACACGCGCAUCUACGACACCAUGCUCAAGCCAGCGUUCAUUUUUGACGGGCGGAACCUCCUCCCGCACGACCACUUGCGCCGACUGGGUUUUUCCGUCCAUGGCAUUGGCAAGAAGGAGUGAUAAGGCUGGAUCAAUUCACAAAAGAGUUGUCGAGGGCAUAACAUUCCCGAGAAGCCCCAUAUACUUGCCAGAGGCCACAGCUGGAUUGUCGAGGGGUUGGUGCGAUGUCAGUGAUCGUGGUGCGGAUAUGUGCAACCCCAUCCAGUGGCACGACUCCAACUUAGGUCGCGUCCCGUG